AUGGAUCAGUGUGAGGACAGAGAGGAGGGAGUCCCUCCCUCUAAAACCACUCUGUGUGGGGAACAUGAGAGCCAGACCAAAGCUCAGAGGAGGAAAGGUGGACCUGGAUCCAGCCGUCUGUCCUUAAAGAGAAGCCGGCGAAAGGGGAUGAUCGUUCCGUUCACAGCAAGAUAUUCUCCUCCUGCAGAGAGAGUGGAUCAGGAGAGCUCAGAGGUUCCCAGUGGUCAGUCUGCCCAGCAGCAUCAAACACAGCUGGACUCCAUAUUUAUGCUUCUGGAGAACAACAUCAUCACUUUUGUGAAGAAUGAGUUGAAGAAGAUCCAGAAGGUUCUGAAUCCAGAUUACCCAGAAUGCUUAGAGAGUCAUGGGGAGGAUGAGGAGGUGUUGCAGGGUGAAGAUGACGAGCAGGGGAGUAACAGAAGAGAGGCUUUUGUGAAGAUCACUCUGUACUUCCUCAGGAGAAUGAAGCAGGAGGAGCUGGCUCAACGUCUGCAGAGCAAAUUUCCCAUCACCUGCCAGCAUAAACUUAAAUCUGCUCUGAAGAAGAAGUUCCAGUGUGUGUUUGAGGGCAUCACUAAAGCAGGAAACCCAACCCUUCUGAAUCAGAUCUACACAGAGCUCUACAUCACAGAGGGAGGGACUGCAGAGGUCAAUGAUGAACAUGAGGUCAGACAGAUUGAAACAGCAUCCAGGAAACCAGACAGACCAGAAACAACAAUCAGACAAGAAGACAUCUUUAAAGGCUCACCUGGAAGAGAUGAACCAAUCAGAACAGUGCUGACAAAGGGAGUGGCUGGCAUUGGGAAAACAGUCUUAACACAGAAGUUCACUCUGGACUGGGCUGAAGACAAAGCCAACCAGGACAUCCAGUUCAUGUUUCCAUUCACUUUCAGAGAGCUGAAUGUGCUGAAAGAGAAAAAGUUCAGCUUGGUGGAACUUGUUCAUCACUUCUUUACUGAAACCAAAGAAGCAGGAAUCUGCAGCUUUGAACACUUCCAGGUUGUGUUCAUCUUUGAUGGUCUGGAUGAGUGUCGACUUCCUCUGGACUUCCACAACACUGAGAUCCUGGCUGAUGUUACAGAGUCCACCUCAGUGGAUGUGCUGCUGACAAACCUCAUCAGGGGGAACCUGCUUCCCUCUGCUCGCCUCUGGAUAACCACACGACCUGCAGCAGCCAAUCAGAUCCCUGCUCAGUGUGUUGACAUGGUGACAGAGGUCAGAGGGUUCACUGACCCACAGAAGGAGGAGUACUUCAGGAAGAGAUUCAGAGAUGAGCAGCAGGCCAGCAGGAUCAUCUCCCACAUCAAGACAUCACGAAGCCUCCACAUCAUGUGCCACAUCCCAGUCUUCUGCUGGAUCACUGCUACAGUUCUGGAGGAUGUGCUGAAAACCAGAGAGAGAGGAGAGCUGCCCAAGACCCUGACUGAGAUGUACAUCCACUUCCUGGUGGUUCAGGCCAAAGUGAAGAAGGUCAAGUAUGAUGGAGGAGCUGAGACAGAUCCCCACUGGAGUCCAGAGAGCAGGAAGAUGAUUGAGUCUCUGGGAAAACUGGCUUUUGAUCAGCUGCAGAAAGGAAACCUGAUCUUCUAUGAAUCAGACCUGACAGAGUGUGGCAUCGAUAUCAGAGCAGCCUCAGUGUACUCAGGAGUGUUCACACAGAUCUUUAAAGAGGAGAGAGGGCUGUACCAGGACAAGGUGUUUUGCUUCAUCCAUCUGAGUGUUCAGGAGUUUCUGGCUGCUCUUCAUGUCCAUCUGACCUUUGUCAAGUGUGGUAUUAGUCUACUAGAAGAACAAUAUGCAAAUUCUGUAUGGUAUCCUGUAUUCAACAAACAGAAAUUACAAUCUCUCCACAAAAGUGCUGUGAACAAGGCCUUACAGAGUCCAAAUGGACACCUGGACUUGUUCCUUUGCUUCCUCCUGGGUCUUUCACUGCAGACCAAUCAGACUCUCCUACGAGGGCUUCUUAAACAUACAGGAAGUAGCUCACUGACCAAUGAGGAAACAGUCCAGUACAUCAAGAAGAAGCUCAGUGAGAAUCUGUCUGCAGAGAAAAGCAUCAACCUGUUCCACUGUCUGAAUGAACUGAAUGAUCAUUCUUUAUUGGAGGAAAUUCAACAGUCCCUGAGAUCAGGAUGCCUCUCUCCAGAAAACCAGUCUCCUGCUGGCUGGUCAGCUCUGGUCUUCAGCUUACUGUCAUCAGAACUGGAUGUGUUUGACCUGACAAAAUUUUCUCGUUCAGAGGAGGCUCUGCUGAGGCUUUGGCCUGUGGUUAAAGCCUCAAAACAAGCUCUAUUGUGUGGCUGUAACCUGUCGGAGAGAAGCUCUGAAGCUCUGUCUUCAGUUCUCAGCUCCCGGUUCAACAACCUGAGAGAACUGGACCUGAGUAACAAUGACCUGCAGGAUCCAGGAGUAAUGCAACUUUCUGCUGGUAUGAAGAGUCCACACUGUAAACUGGAAACUCUCAGACUGUCAGGGUGUCAGAUCACAGAGAAAGGAUGUGCUUCUCUAGCUUUAGCUCUGAGUUCAAACCCGUCCCAUCUGAGAGAGCUGGACCUGAGCUACAAUCAUCCAGAAGGCCGUGGACUUAAGAAGUUGUUGGCUGGACUGAAAGAUCCACGGUGGACGCUUGAAACUCUCAGGGUGGAGCCUGCUGGAGUCCGAUGGUUGAGACCAGGUCUGAGGAAGUAUUCCUGUCGACUCACAAUCGACACAAACACAGUGAACAGAAACCUCAAACUGUCUGACAACAACAGGAAGGUGACACAUCUGGAGGAGGUUCAAUCAUAUCCUGAUCAUCCAGACAGGUUUAAUGACUGGCUUCAGCUGCUGUGUAGAAAUGGUCUGACUGGUCGCUGUUACUGGGAGGUCGAGUGGAGAGGAGAGGUUCGAAUAUCAAGUAGCAGUGUAUGUGGACUGUCCUGCUGGCACUCUGUCCUUCUACAGAGUCUCCUCUGACACUCUGAUCCACCUCCACACCUUCAACACCACAUUCACUGAACCUCUUUAUCCUGGAUUUACAGUCCAGUCUCCUGGUUCCUCAGUGUUUCUGUGCU